GUAAUAAUUAAUUGAUGGGAUGAUCUCACUAUCAAGUAUAAAAAACUCUUUCCGUCGAUCCUUCAUAACAAAAUUUUAGGAAGAAGAAAGACCUUUUUUUUAUUAACAAAUAAUGAUAAAAUACAUAAAAUAACAGGAAAAAAUGGCAUAGACAGCAAGUAUAAGUUCUGAGGAGUCGAUGAAGUGUGUUGAUAACGACUAUAAGAUGAUAAUGGACAAAUAUUAUGACUGCUUCGAGGAAAUAUACGACAAGUAUUUGAUAGACGUAGUAAAGCGCAAGAAUUUAUGGAAUAUCAAAAAAAUAUUAGGACCGAACGCUCUUUUUACGCCAGAGAAAAUGCUGGUACGCCUUGACAAAAGAGAGACGCUAGUGCCUAAGCUGUACUAUUUUAUAACAAUUUUCUUAACAAAAUUGAGUAGUGAGGUCGUUUCGAGUAUAGUAAAAGAUUUAUUGCAACGUGAGAAAACUGCUGCGGAAAAAAACAACGAACCAAUAAUAAUUCAGAGUAAAGCUGACAAGAUUAAAAUUGCUGAAAUCUCAAAAGAAAACGACGGACUGAAAGGGAUUGUAGACUUGGAAAAUAGAAUUUGGAAUUUGGAAGCUGAUGUUACGGCAAAGGAACGAAUCAUUUUGGAGAAAACGGAGGAAAAUAAUUUAAUAUGGGGGAAAACUGAAGGCGCUAGAGAAAAAAGAGGAUAA